AUGAGCAAUCCAUUUCAAAUCAAAGGGAUCACUUGGUACUAUGAUCAAAUUGAUGACCAGGGUUUUUGUAGUAUGCAGGUCCUAUUGAGUUGGCUUGCAGCACCAGGCAAUUAUCAGCGAUGGUGCCAUGCUCCGUCGAAGCUCCCACUCUGUGCCGAGGUCCUCAUCGAUAUGCAAGAUGAAACGAUCUACCAUCAAAAUGAAACCGAGAUUGAGGCCGUGGUUGAAUACCUGGAGGAGUCUUUUAGGAUAGCAAAACAAUACUACAUGAGGAUCAUGCCGACUCUGGUGGCAACCAAUCCAUCUGAUGGGUGGAGGAUAGCUCAAGGUGCAAAAAAAGUGAUCAAGCGAUGUGAACACUGGAUCAUUCUUAAUGAGAUCAUGGGAGGACUGCCUACAACACAUCCCAUAAUAUAUUUAUGA